AUGACUGUGGAACGGACUGCCGUCGAGACAGUUGUCGAUGACGGGUUGACCAUCCCUUUAUUCCGACCAGGAAUUGUUAUGUCCGACCAGCGCUCCGCUCAAGGCUCACCAGGUCAUCUAUUUCUUUUCAACCCCCGGUUGCCUUACACAGCCGAUCGACACAGAUACUCAUCGGCUGCGGAACCAAAUCCCUCAGCGGGAUGGCAUGCAUCAGUCCCCUUCAUGAACAUUGAAGUGCGGCGUGGGAUGGUGAGCACCCCCGCCGCUCGACUCGCCAUUCAAGCGAUUAAAGUUACACGCCUGCCCACUGAGCCAUCGCUUCUUGAAAAUCAUAUCUUCUUGGAUUAUUCUCUUUGUCCCUGUUCCGGAACCCAAUCAUGCAUUCACAUGUUCUGAGCGGGGUAUCAUCCUUGUCACUGAUCUCAUGUCAUACAGUGAGCUGAUCCCUUCCCUUCAGACCAUUAUUGACGCCAGGGAAACAAAAGGAAAGAAGCUCACUGCCUUCUGGUUCGAUUUGGCAGUUCAAUUUUUUUUUUUUCUUUUCUUUAAUUUUUCCUUCCUUGAAGAAACUGGAUGUGCCGGGGGAGAUUCAGGAGCCCGAAAUCCAUGUCUGAUCCUGGUUUGCGACAUGGAUAAACAGCCGAGAUGUGCGGCUAGACUGAAGAACUACCAAAGUUUAUCAGUUCACAGGUGGUUUUCUCCUUAGACCACGCCAAUAUGCAGUCCUCUGAUCCAAAAAAAAAAAAAAGAACCACAACACCAGAACGCGCACCUUUUUUCUUCAAGUAUGUCAAGCUCAUUAUAUAUGACUGAUCAUGGUUCCUAUGCACGUGAAGUCAUGUAUGGUAGGAUUGAAUGGGUCUGGUGCAUCUCUGCUGUUUUUCAAUGUAACCAGCUAAUGGAGUACAUCCUUGAGCUA